CUGUGCAUAUCUUAGAAAUGAAGGUGCUUGUCCUCUUUAAGCCUACUUAGUACGGUGUCGGUGGCGCUGUGAGGAUGCUGAGAUGCUCUCAUCUCUUUCCGUGAACGCGCUCACGCCUACCGGUGCACGUGAGAUGCUCAUGUGACGACAAAAACAGACGCAGGACCCGGUUUAUCUCUUUUACACUCUGCUAUCAAGACAUAGAGAAGAUAUACCCAUUAGUCGAAACUUACAGGCUGAUCAGACCUGAAAACCCGAGUUUGCUUGGAUUUAACCUCACCGAGGUGAGUGUGUAUGCAUGUGUAAGGAUCACAGAGAGAGGUUGGCUUAUUAUCUCAUUCAAGACCCCAGACAGUUGGAUAGGUCCUCCCACCGGUGUCUGCCUAUUUAUACGGUUAGAAACACUGCCGUGGGUCGUGAUAGCAGAACGCGACUGGGAGACCGACAAAAAUCACAAACGUGCUGGCUUUGGCCCAGGCUGCAGCCAUGCCUCUUCUGGAAGAGACGACUCUGCCACAAGCACACCCACCUACUCUUCCCGUGGUCAUCAUAGGUAAUGGGCCAUCAGGUAUUUGUCUCUCCUACCUGCUAAGUGGAUACAAACCUUACUUAGACACAGCGACCGUUCACCCAAACCCAAUACUGUACAGGAAACUGCAGGAGACCAAGCAUCUCCCCAUCACUGAGCAGGAUUUGGAAUACCUGAGUGAAGGUCUAGAGGGGAGGUCGAGGAACCCUGUGGCUGUGCUUUUUGACACACUGCUGCAUCCCAAUGCUGACUUUGGCUACGAGUUCCCUCCUGUUGUUCAGUGGAGGAGAGACAAACAGCAACACAUCCCACAUCUGGUUCUGGGAAGGGCAACACCUGGCGGUGCUUGGCAUGUGAUGGAGGGCUCCAUGCUGACUAUUAGUCUUGGCAUCUGGAUGGAGCUUCCUGGUGUUAACUACAGAGACUUGACCAAUGGGAAACGCAGGGAUGUGACCAGUGACAGAGCCACUCCAGAGGAGAUCUCAUCUUAUUACCGUAACUAUGUGAAGCUAAAAGGUCUCCAAAAGAAUUUUGUUGACAACACCUACGUGACCUCUGUCCAGAAACUCUGCCGGGGGCAAGAGGUAGAAGGUCUGGAAAAUGGGCACACUGAUGGCAGAGAUGGAGGGGUGGAAGAUGGUGGGAAUAAGGGCUUUGAGGGAAAUGGAGAGGAGUGUGUAAACAGUGGAGGAGGUGGGGCUGUCUGGGAAGUGAGGGGAUAUCAGCGGGUGCAGAAUGACACUCAUGUCCCCUUCUCUCUGUUUGCUGAAAAUGUAGUCCUGGCCACUGGUGCGUCUGAUUCGCCGGUUCGAUUAGGGGUAGAGGGGGAGGAUCUACCUUUUGUAUUCCAAAGCAUCUCAGACCUGGGCUUGGCUGUAAGCCAGAGAAAACUGGAUAUGAACUCUGAUCCGGUUCUAAUUGUAGGUGCUGGUUUAAGCGCUGCUGAUGCAGUUCUGUGCGCUUGUGACAGCAACAUUAGAGUGCUACAUGUUUUUCGCAAGAGCGUAGACAACCAAGACCUCAUCUUUAAGCAGUUGCCCAAGACCUUGUACCCAGAAUACCACAAAGUCUACAACAUGAUGUGCUCUCAGACCUACACAAAUGUUUCUCCCCCUCCUGCUCCUAACAGACCCCAGGCAGUUAGCAUUGCCUCUUCAGUGUGUGCCAAGAUGUGCCCUAAACCCCAGCUUGCAGCAGGUAACAUGGCUGGAGGUGCCAGUGUCAGCCUCUUUCCCGACUACACCAGUUUCCCUGAACACUGCGUUGUGUCCUUCCAGUCUGACAUGAAGUGCUUGCUGCAGGGUAACAACUCCCUAAAGGCAUUCAAGAUUUCCAUGGCCCUGGUGUUGAUCGGAACCAACCCGAACCUGUUUUUCUUGAAGGGUCAGGGCCAGUACCUGGGUCAGGAUCCAACAAGACCCAUCUCCUGCAAGCAAAACCCCAUAGACAUCAACCCCUACACUUUUGAGUGCACCAAGGAGCCAGGGUUAUUUGCCAUGGGCCCACUCGUGGGAGACAACUUUGUUCGUUUUUUGAAGGGUGGCGCUCUAGGCAUCGCCUCCUGUCUGCUGAAGAGACUCAAGAAGAGAGAAAAGCUCAUCAGCAAUGGAGGGAACAUCUUCAUUUGAAAACACCAAGAAAAAAAGAACAACAGUCUGGCCUUAGGGCACAGAUUUAAACCCUUUUCACCACAGUGGGGAAAAAUAAGAAAACAAGUUCUAAUAUACUUUCAUCUGAAUGCAGUGUUUUGUCAUCUUAAUAAGACAUCUUGCAGGUUUUUGAGACCAAAAAGACAAUGGAUGUACACUAAUUAGUUUCUAAUGAAACAAACGACAGCUUUUAAAGAGUAAUGUCUGGCUUCAUAUGAAGUCUCCAUAUGUCCAAGCUUCCAUGUGCCAAUAUUUUACAGUCAAUCUCUAACCUCAUUACAGAACUGGACCUUAUUUUCAUCAGGGUUAUUUAUUCAUUCACCGUGUGUCUUCAAUCCAUCUACUAACAAUAUUAAGUAGCUUUAGGCCUUCUUCAGCUUAGUUUUAUAGAUGCAACAACCCAAAAAAAAAGAACAUAAAAAC